UCCCACUUCUGCUUAUCAUGAAUCUCGCUGCAAAAGAACCACAAAGGCUUGACGACCGUCGUCCAAGAAACAUACGAAGCACCAUCUCCGGAGCUACCAGCGCAAGGCGCACAUCACUGCCGUCGAUACAUCCGAACACCGAAGCCCGCACACACUGAACGCUACCUGCAGUCCGCUAGGUAGCGGUACUAGCUCUACGUCAGCUCGAGCUUGGCCCGCUCUCCCGCACCUCGACAACGACCGGUCGUCGAUCACGCAUCGCUCAGCCCACGUACACCGGGCGCGCCCACUUCUCCAGUCUCUCCGCUGUAUUGCGUGCUGGAUGAAUGUCUGGCAAGGCCGAACGCCUCAAGGAUGAGGGUUCCCGCCUUCAGGUGACAGCCGCCGGCGCAACGGCCGGCUUGAUCUCUCGUUUCGUCAUCGCCCCCCUCGACGUCGUCAAGAUCCGCCUCCAGCUGCAACACCACUCCCUCUCGGACCCGCUCAUCCACCAGCGCGGCGCCGAAAUCAUCGGCGGCGGGCCCGUCUACAAGGGCACCCUCCCUACAAUCCGACACAUCCUGCGCACCGAAGGUCUCACAGGUCUCUGGAAGGGCAACAUCCCCGCCGAGCUUCUCUACGUCUCGUACGCCGCCGUUCAAUUCACCACCUACCGCUCCAUCACCCAGUUUCUUCAAGCCGCUUUCCCCAAAGACCAAAACAAACAACUGCCCCCAUCGGUCGAGUCCUUCAUAGCCGGCGCCUCAGCCGGUGGCGUCGCUACGGCAGUUACCUACCCCCUCGAUUUACUACGUACCCGCUUCGCCGCGCAAGGCACCGAGCGUGUCUACCCUUCUCUUCUACAAGCGCUCAAAACCAUUUACGCCUCUGAAGGCGUCACCGGUUACUUCCGCGGUCUUGGGCCCGGGUUGGCGCAAAUCAUCCCUUACAUGGGCACGUUCUUCUGCGUGUACGAAACCCUUCGGCCCCGGCUCUCCAAGCUCGAGCUGCCCUACAGCUCGGGUAGCGCAGUGGCAGGCGUGUUAGCAAGCGUGAUGGCCAAGACAGGCACAUUUCCGUUGGAUUUGGUGAGGAAGAGGAUCCAAGUGCAGGGACCGACGAGGGGAAUGUAUGUGCAUAAGAAUAUACCGGUUUAUGACGGGGGGAUGGUGAAGACGGUAGCGACGAUUGUGAGGAGAGAGGGGGUGAGGGGACUGUAUCGGGGACUGACUGUCAGCUUGUUCAAGGCAGCGCCAGCGAGCGCAGUUACAAUGUGGACUUAUGAGAGGGCGUUGAAGUUGUAUAUCAGGCUUGGAGCGGCGGGGCCGGGGCGGAAGGAGGGGGUGUAAUUUCAAAUCGCAACGACGGUUUUGCGAGUUUUUAGCUGAUAGAUAAGCGAGGCGCUAUAGGUACCUAGAUAGACAGCGCGGUGCGUUAGCAAGCACAGGCGCCGAAUUCCAUUUGUUUUGUUUUGCA